GUCAUGCAUCCCUCUUUACCUUCUCUGGACUGCUUCACGGGCUCUACAUAUCAUAACCCCUCCGGUACCUUCUAUGAUGACGGCACCUCGUAUGACGCCCUCAUGGGUCAUACUCCUGACCGUGUCGAUGAGCUUGCCUUUCCGAUGUGGGACCUUCCCAAUGGAGACUCGGGGUAUGUUGGACCAUCGCCGUAUACAGCCGGAGAGCUGUACGAAGCCUCCAUCGGUAGCCAGUUCCCAUAUCCCGGCACGAACGACUCUGGUCUUGCGCCGUCACCCUCAUCGCUCACUACGCCGUUCUCCGUGGAUAAGCCCAACGGUCACAUGGGAAACUCCUUUCAUAGCGUCACCACGCAUCCAGUUCCGCAUGGAUAUAUCCCUACCUCUAGUACUCAGACUAGCGCGUAUGGUUCAUUUAUGCCCCAUCAGGCGAUCGCACCCUCCCCGUUCAAAAACACCGGCUCGAUAGCGACCGCACUAUGCGUCGCACCACUCCUGGUUCAACCGCCCAUGCACCCUGAGUACGACCUCGCACCAGCGAUAGACGAACACUCGAGUCGCGCAGUGUCCCAUUGCGCUCGGUGCACCCGCUCAUCCUCGCGCGCAGAUCACACCGCGGUCUCCUAUACCUCCAAACCCUCGCCUUCCCCCAGGCCGUACCCCCAAACAUCAUCCCAGUUAAUCGCUUCUCGGCGCCGCAACGUGCCUGCUUCUGCGCUCGCCGCGAUCCCUCCCUCCUCGUUUACCCCCACCAAUCCUUGGCAGUGCCCAUACUGCGAGUACGUCCAGCGCAACCGCCGCACUCCCGAUCUCAAGCGCCACAUCCAAACGCACACGCGCGGGGCGGCCGUCGCGGCCUGGGUGUGCUGCGGGGUGCCGAUCGAAGACGCGCUGGAGGCCGGCGUGCCCGCUGAGGUCGUACGCGCGGCGCCGAUCUUCGACUUCGAGGGCGUGCUGAUGAUUGGAGGCUGCAGGAAGACGUUCAGCCGGCGCGAUGCGCUCACGCGCCAUUUGCGCAAUGAGAAGGGCAGGUGCUUUGGGGAUUCGAACGCGGCGUACCAGCCUGGGAAUAGGCUGGAAGACUGA